AUGGAUGUAGAGGUCGGGCUCUACAUUGUGACGGGUGACCCCCGGCACGUCAGGUAUCCGGUGCUGGGAAAACGGAGGUUGGGCCUCGGGGAACUGGGGUGCAUACGCGUGGGGAAGAUGGCACGGGCGGCGGCCUGGAGACAGCUGUGCCCUCCCCAGGUGAGAGCCCUUCAGGAGUUGGCGAGUCUGAGGCCUCUGUUCCUGCUGAGGCAGAGCGGACCGACAGCCUUCAUAGUACAAGAAGCCGAGGAGAAACCAGUGCAGGUACGACUGGGAGAUCCUCACCACUGCAGCUGUAAGAUCCACCAUAAGUCGCGGGAACUGUGUCUGCACAUCUGCUGGGUGCUGCUGAAGAAGCUGCGACUGAGGAUGUCCAACCCGCUGUCGUACCAACUGGGGCUGGUACCCAGAGAGCUGGGCGAUCUGCUGGAGCCCCGGGGACUGCCGAGGACAGUUCCCCGCAAGCCAGCGAGGGCCCGGGCAGAGCAACAAGCUGUGGUGGCCAGAAGACCUCCUCAGUCUGAAGACCUUUGUCCUAUCUGCCUUCUGCCUUUUGGAGACUCCCAACUACCUGUUGUCCACUGUCGCUACGGAUGCGGUAACGCUGUCCACACCCGUUGUAUGGUGCAAGUUGCUCGACAUCAGCUGGACUCUCAGGACCUCGGCACAGAUCGUCUGCUGACGUGUCCUCUCUGCAGGUAA